AUGUCUCUCAUGGGAAGAAGUCCCCGUCUCGUGAUCAUCAAUAACAACGAUGGCCAUAACACCAAGAAGAGUAAAGGGUGGUUGAUAGCGGUCAUCGUUCUCAGCAGCAUCAGUCUUUUCUGUGGCAUCCUUGCAAUGGUACUCCGUAUGCUCGCGCGGAGGAGAGCACGGGGCGCCAAAGAUCAGCCGAGCAUCGCCGGGCCGUCUGAAGAAAGUACAAACCUUGCGGAUGCUUCUAUCGUCGAUUCGAGGCAGAAGGAACACCCAUACUACAAGAGCACCGGAUACGAGGCGACUCCAGAUCAAAACCAGACUCUGCUCGGCAACGACGAAAGGGAUCCGGUCACACGCUGGGACAGUGACUCUGGCGUGGCUGCAGGCGUCCAGCGACCUGAAAGCAUUGCCAGCUCUUACAAUGCACCGCCUCCUCGGUAUGAAUAG